CACCCAGUUGUCAUUCACAGAACACGUCAGCCGGUGGAGUAGUUCACCUUUAAUUCCAUUUACUGAGCAUCAAAAUAUUAUCAAUAUUAAUUAUAAUAUAACUACUGAUUUAUUAUGUCUACAAGUGCACAUAAAUACAGCAUAUUGCUUCCUACAUACAAUGAGAAAGAAAACUUGCCAAUUAUCAUAUGGCUAAUUGUGAAAUAUCUAAGUGAAAGUGGCCAUAAAUACGAAAUUAUUAUAAUCGAUGAUGGCAGUCCUGAUGGCACUUUAGAUGUUGCUAAAGAUUUGCAGAAAAUCUAUGGUGAAGAAACCAUAGUGCUUCGACCGCGCGGGUCUAAACUGGGACUUGGUACUGCAUAUAUACACGGCAUAAAACAUGCUACAGGUGAUUUUAUUAUCAUAAUGGAUGCAGACUUAAGUCAUCAUCCUAAAUUCAUUCCAAAGUUCAUUGAACUACAAGCGAAAGAAGACUACGACAUAGUAUCUGGCACAAGGUACAGCGGCGAUGGCGGUGUUUUUGGAUGGGAUUUCAAACGCAAGCUAAUUUCGCGUGGUGCUAAUUUUCUUUCGCAAAUUUUACUGCGCCCGAAUGCUUCAGAUCUAACAGGGUCUUUUCGUUUAUACAAAAAGAAUGUGCUUGAGAAAUGCAUUGCCAGUUGUGUUUCAAAAGGAUACGUUUUCCAAAUGGAAAUGCUAGUGCGCGCUCGUCAGCACGGUUACAGCAUUGGAGAAGUGCCAAUAACGUUCGUGGAUCGUUUGUAUGGUUCUUCGAAAUUAGGUGGCACAGAAAUUAUACAAUUUGCCAAAAAUUUAUUGUACUUAUUUGCGACUACGUGAAACUAAUUUAAAGUAUUAUAUUACUAUUUCAUAAAAACUUAAAACUUUAAUAAAAUAAUGAACGCAUAAAAAAUUAAA